AUGCUUUCCCUGUUGAAGAGCCUGCUGAGCCUUUUCCAGCUCUGCUCGGACCACGUGGGCAAUUUCCUUCGACCAUUGCCUCGACUUUUUUGGCUUCUUCAGGAGGUGGACUUCAGAACGGAGUCAACCACUGCAACUACAAGUGUAGGGGAAACAAGUGCAAAUUUUAAUUUCGAGG